AUGAAUUCCAACUCUCGCAAUGAAAAGCUGCCGCAGCCAGAAUCAGAAUUCGAAAAAAAAUUCAAUGAAAACGCUCUGAUGAUUACCAUCGGCGCACCUUCAGAUCACGGUUCGACUGAUACUGAGCACCAAGCCCCUAAACAAAGCCCAUCAAAGACCGACAAAACCGACCGAGGACCACUAUUCAACGGACUGAGCACGCAAAAUAAGAUGAAUCCAUUAUUCGACCUCAAAUCCUAUAAAACCUUUGCUUCUCUCUGCAAACCCAAGCACGCGCACACUAUUGACCGGAUGGAGCCUCCUCUCCCGAUAGAUCCUGAGGACAAGAUAGAUCCUGAGGACAAAUUCGGUUCUGCCAAUUUCAAAGCUGAAGCUUUACAUGCUCAUCCGAAGCCUGCUACAGCAAAUGAAGCCAAGUCGACGUUUACGUUCUCUGCGAGUAUGCAAGGCCUCCCUAAAAUCAAUGUGACCGAUGCUCUGCAAGAUGCUCGAGAGGACGCGCAACCGAGCGCAGGGGAGCCAAGUUCUUGGUUAUUCAAUCCAACGAACAUAAUUCCAAAAAUUCCAUCUUACUCGCAAUUUGAUUCGACUAGACAACAUUCUUUUACUUUCCAGGAUCCCGGUCUGGUCUCUGUAUUCUCUGACAUUCCAGUGGAAGAGUAUCCAAAGUCAAAGUUUUUCUCCUCAACAUUUCAGACCGGCCUGUUUCUUGGAUUGCAGCUGGCGAGGGAAUCUGCGGCCUUGAUGGAACAGCUUCUCGUCCAUCAGGAAUCCUAUGAAUGUCCCAUGGAUUCUACGCAGGUAAAUUGUCAGAUCAAGCAAAUGAAAAGGGCUGGCGAAUUGAACAACUUUUUCAAUACCGAAACAAUUGCAUUCCUGGGGAGCACGCUAGCGGGAAAAAGCAGUGUAAUCAACUCACUACUCGACUUUCCGAGACUUGCCACAGCCGACGACUUUGGCUCGGCUGUUACCUCGAUCGUCACUGAAUAUAGGCAAAUGAAGCCCGGUCAAAGUCAUCGGAUCAGAGUUGAAAUCGAAUAUCUCUCUGGAGUGGCCAUGGAAGAUCAUGUCAAUGAGCUGCUGUGGAGCUUCCGCCGUGCGUUUCUUCCAGAUGUUGCAAAGGAUUCAUUGACUGCCGCCGACUGGAAAGAAAUUAAGGAAGCUUGGUCUGCUCUAGAGUCUGCAUUCGGAAGCGAGAAGGAAUUUAACCGAAAAUUCCUGUCGGAUAAAUCCGAGGGGGCUUUUGAGAAAAUAGCGGAUCAACUGAUCAAGUGGACAAAGACAAUUCCAUGGCCCACUGGUGCAUCUGAUGGAAAGUGGGUGACAUACGCAGAAACUGCAGAGGAGUUCUACACAAAAACAAGCCUAUUCAUGCAGGAUAAGAUCUGGCCCUUUACAAAAAUCAUGCGAGUAUACAUUGACGCACCAAUUCUGAGAGCAGGUCUUGUCAUUGCAGAUUUGCCUGGGCUUCUUGACACAAGUCUCGCGAGGGUUAAAGCGGCCCAGGAGUAUCUUUCAAGAUGCGAUCGUGUCUUCCACGUCACUGAUAUACGUCGAGCAUUGACCAACCAGCUUCUCGAGUCAUCCUUAUACUCUACAGUUCCCCAUGACGCAUCGACAGGCGAGGGGGGUCCACAAAAAGAUGGUCACGCAAUUGAUGAAGCUGGAGCCGAAAGACACUUGCGAAAUUCUGGAAAAGUGAGCAUGUUAGAGGCAAUGGAAAGCAUAGAAGAUGAGAUUCGGAAGGUGGAAACCAAGAAAGAUCCAGUUCUAAUGACAGAACUCCAGUGGAAGUACAUCAACCAUUUCCUGCUCAGACAGACCGGGAAUCUUCUAGCCAUGCUGACUUUUGAUAGGAAGAAAAUGCUUCUCAUAGAAGCUCGGAACAGACGUGUAGAAGAUGGACUCAAACGGAUGUACAAGAGCAGCCAGGAGGAGGAAGAUCUGAACGUUUUCUGUGUUUCGAACCUAUUUUAUGGCGAGCACUGUUCUCAAAAAGCAGUUACGACGACUCAUGAAAAAGGAACCAUGAGUGGUAUCCCCGCUCUGCGAAAGUUCUGCUACUCUACGCUGGCGGAUUCGAGGUUACAGGAAGCUAAAAACUUCCUUCUUACUACUUUGCCAGGUGCUCUUGUUUCGAUUGGCCUGCGUAGUCAGUCCUUGGAAGUUGGGCCCUCUUGCUCAAUUACAAUGAUUCUUGAGAAGGUCGAGCUCGCAAAAGAACAGAUUUUGCGGCGUCUCGAAGGAAGUAAGGAACAUCUGCAGAAUUUAUUCGAGAAUUCGGUACUCGCAUAUGCCGCUAUCGUGGGUGAACUGAUUGAGGAAAUGCGACUGGGGCUGAGCGAAAAGUGGAACAGCCUGGAAAGAAGCCUCUCUGGAAGAUGUCUAGGACUUAAUGGAUUCAUUGAGAACCGCUUCCGGGAAUUGAGGUUUAAUUUGAUGGGUUCCGGCAAAGCCAAAGCUCUGCGUGAAAAGGUUCAAGGCCGAAUCGACAAUGGCACACUUUUCCCGAACAUUAUUUCAGCAGUCUCACAGGGAAUGAAAGAUGCAUCUCAAAAGACAUUUGACGAGAUGGCAACAAAGAUUACCGACGACGUCAUUGCUCCUAUCAUUGGAGAUAUCCAUUCAGUCUAUUCAACCAUCACCCUGGCGAAGAAGCCGAUCGACGAAUGUGAGGGACAAAUGUUGAAGGAAACUCCGUCGUUUGAAAUGCUCCAACUCAAGUGUCGCUACUUGGAUCAGCGAUAUAAAUGGAUCAUCAAACAGAUUGAAUAG